AUGUAUUUCGAACAGCCUUACAGUGCAUCCCAAUCACUCCCACCGCCGCCUCCAGCUCCCUAUAGGCCGACAUCUGGACCGAGACUACGACAAAGAUCAUUUCGUAGCCUGUUGUUUUGUGUUGGUGGAAUCUGUGCUUUAAUUAUACUGGCUGUAUUGAUUACAUUGCUUGUUCUUUAUUUUAUUCGUUAUCGACAUACAGUUUCAACACUCUUAUCAUAUCCAGAUUUUGUUUGCGGCCCACGACCAUGUGGCUGUCCAAAUUUUCGUCAACAAAAAUCAUCAAUCGGCAAAAUAGUCGGUGGAAAAGAUACUCUUCCAUUUACGUAUCCAUGGUUAGUUGCACUAGUUGAACAAUAUUCAACAGAUCCAUUCUGUACGGGAUUUAUCAUAUCUUCUAAUGCAAUUUUAACUGCAGCACACUGUCUCAAUGGACGUACCCCUAAUCAAAUUCAACUGUUAGCUAAAGCUCAUGACCUUCGUCAAUUUCGUGGUGAACGAUACAAUGUUGAUCGAUGGUUCAAUCAUCCCGAAUAUCAACACAAUAACAGUAUGUUCGUCAAUGAUAUAGCCAUACUUAAAAUUACAACUGUAUUUGCUCCGGAUUUGCAACCUUGUUGUCUGCCAACGAUACAAUCAUCCAUCUAUCCUCGUGCGCAAACCACAGCAGUUGUCAGUGGUUGGGGCAAAUUGACAUCCAAGCCAAGUACUCGGAAUUCGCCAAUUCUUCAACAUGUCGUCAUGCCUAUCGUUGAUGAGCGAAACGGCAAAUGUCAAGAAUCGAUUAUCGAUUCCACUCGGCAAAUGUGUGCAGGCUACAAUCAUCUACCAAUCGAUACAUGCUCAGGUGAUAGUGGUAGUCCUUUACUAGUUGUAGAAUAUAAUAAUCAAAACCAAGGCCAUUUUGUUGCAACAGGCAUCGUUAGUUACGGUAAUAGUCAAUGUGACGCAUCUAUUUCUUCGGGAAUCUACACACGUGUUGGUUUCUAUUUGCCCUGGAUUCAAAGUGUUCUACCCUACUUAUAG